AUGCGUUUACCAACAGGCUCCAUUUUAUACGCUUGGGUGUUUUUAAUCUCAUGUGUUCUGGGUGAUGUAAACACCGUUUCUCCAUUAGCCGGAGCCAAAUUUAGCCCAAGCGGUGGUACAGUCUCUAUUCCCGUCAAAUGGAUGGAUAAUGGUGCGUAUCCCCCAUUAAGCAAAAUUUCAUACUACACACUCAGUCUUUGUACUGGGCCCAACAAUGACAUUAAUUGUAUAGGGACAAUUGCCACACAGGUCAAACCCAGUGCUUUGGCUCAGGACCAAGAUGGUGUUUACUCUUACACGGCUACUUUUCCCUCGACUUUAACUGGUAACGGUCAAUAUUAUAUUCAAGUUUUCGCAUGGGUGAAUAAUCAAGGUUCUACCCUCCAUUAUACGCCAAGAUUCCAGUUGACAUCCAUGGGAGGUGCUACAGCUUACACAUUCAGUGACUCGGCGGCGCCCACCCCACAGACCUCCAUCCAAACUACCACUACGAACACCGCACAAGCAUCUUCCAUCGAUAGUCGUUCAUUUACUGUUCCAUACACCAAACAAACCGGUACUUCACGUUUCGCUCCCAUGCAAAUGCAACCUAUGACCAAGGUUACCGCUACGACAUGGACAAGAAAAUACGCUACCAGUGCAGUGACAUACUUUUCUACUUUCGGGAAAUUGCCCCAGCAAGAAACCACCCUAACUCCAGGUUGGUCUUAUUCGAUAUCUUCUGGGGUGAACUACGCCACUCAUGCAGCCAUGCCAUCCGAUAACGGUGGCUGGUACAAACCAUCGAAGAGAUUAUCUUUGUCUGCCAGAAAGAUGAAUUUGAGAAAAGUAUAA